UCUCUCUGAGCUGCUAAAGGGAAUCUCUGCAAACUCCUUCCUAGAGUCUUUCAAAGAGACAUGGCACAAACUGGACUUAGAAUUUUUCUACUCAUAAGCUUACUACUGCUGGAUCAGACCAUCAGCCAGGCUUCCAAAUUCAAAGCCAGGAAGCACAGCAAACGCAGAGUGAAAGAAAAAGAUGACCUGAAGACCCAGAUUGACAAACUGUGGCGAGAAGUAAAUGCUCUGAAGGAAAUACAAGCACUCCAGACAGUGUGUCUUCGUGGGACCAAGGCCCACAAGAAGUGCUACCUCAUGUCAGAAGGCACCAAACAUUUCCAUGAAGCCAAUGAAGACUGCAUAGCCAAGGGGGGGACAUUGGCUAUCCCGAGGAAUAAUGAGGAAACAAACAUCCUUCGAGAUUACGGCAAGAAAAGCAUGCCCAGCGUGUCCGAGUUCUGGCUGGGUGUCACUGACAUGGUCAAGGAAGGGAGGUUUGUUGAUGUCAAUGGCAUGGCUCUGCAGUACUUCAACUGGGACCAUGCCCAGCCCAAUGGGGGCAAGCGUGAGAACUGUGUCUUUUUGUCUCAGUCAUCCCAAGGCAAGUGGGUGGAUGAAGUCUGCCGCACUGCCAAGAGAUAUGUUUGUGAAUUCCUGAUCCCAUAAUUACAUCCACAAAGGACCACGGCCAUGUUUUGGGUUAUCAACACACACUUUUGCUCAGUAACUCCUCCCACUUAGAAAGUGGCAAGUUAAAGCUAUCCUGCUCCUGCCUUGAACUCACUCUUUCCUGAAACACAAGUUUUCUCUGUUAAUUUAUUUUCUAUUUGAAUGCUAAAAUAAUAGUAUGUUUAGUGAGUAGUCUCAUUAUGUACAGGGAUAUAUACUACGUUUUAGCAUAUUACUUCUGCCUGAUGUUUGGGUUACUGGAUUUCACCUCCUACUUCUGUACUUUAAUUAGAAAAUACUGCUGCAUGGUAACCCUUUCCAAUAUGAGCAGUAAGGAUCUAAAGUUUAAGAGAUACUUAGGGAUUUUGUGAGCUCCUAUGAAAAACAGCCAUCAUCCUUUACAGAGUCUAAUUGGAUUAAUCUGUGGCCAAGAGUUUUACCUAUGGGUUAAGAAUGAUAAAUGAAACAGAAAAAUCAGGUAUUACUUAUUUAACUACAUGCAGUCCACAGUGAUAUACUGCUAGAAAAAGUGGAAGUAGCUGUUUUAAAACAUCAGCAAGUCUUGUCAUGCUUGCCUCUAAAUGUCUCAAUCAUGGUUAAAUAAUAGAUGUCAUUUGGAAGAUUCCCACAGAAAAAACCAGCCUGGGACUAGAUCCCACUCUGCUAUGUGAAGCCUUGCUAAGCCUUGUCCCUGCAGGUUCAGAUGGUCUCUGCCAUUCACAGAGAGCUCCUGAAAGCUCCAGGAGGGAGACAAGCUCCUUCCUGGCACAACAUUCCCCCUCAUCCACCUUUCCCACGGGAAGCGCAGUACAACCUAGGGGAGCAGGAGAGUGAGCUAGACCACAUGCAAAUGUUCCAAUUUAACACCUGACAUUUGAAAAUGAAGUAAAACGUGCUGUCUGCUUUUGGGUGUUCUGAACCUCACAACAGAUAAUUGCCUUCAUGUCAUAAAUAGCAGAUUC